UCACUGUGAUAAUACGCGCUGUCAAUUCUUUAUCAUUGUUCAAAAAUAGAAUAUACCAACUGCCUUUUUACCCGUUAUCAUAUGUAAAGCACAUGUUAGGUGCAUCGUUAAACGCUACUUAACUUUAACUUAUCACCCAAGUAUACUUCAAAAGCACGAAACAGAAUCCUCUCUUACCAACCGCGAACACCUUUCCAACCCCGUAUCCCCCAACCCCCGGGCCCCUGGGCUCUAACCUCACAUUCUCGAAAUUCUACCUAAUCAUAUACGUAACUCGCCAAUCCAUGCAAUAAUCAUGUGCAGCUCAGUUUCGUGAAAGUACGGCUCUUCUCUCUCUCUCUCUCUCUCUCUCUCCCUUUCUCAGCGGAAAUCACCUUGCGGAUGCGCGUUCUCCUAGGUUGCAGCUGGCGACUCGGCCGCUCACUGCUUCGAGCAGCGCAACAACAGCAGACGCCUGUCUUAACCGCGAGGUUAAAGUGUCACGCCGCAGUCGCUCCGGUAGUCUGGGGCAGUAAGAAGAAGCAUCGAAAGGUCAAGCUCAACGUCUUCCUGGACAUGGCUGAUCCGAAAAUCGAAGCCGAGUUGGCGCCGCUGAGAGCCAGCGUCAAGGAGCAGGGAGAUCUGGUCCGCAAGCUCAAAGCUGAUGGAGCCCCAGAGUUGGACAUCAAGAAAGCUGUGGCAGAGCUCAAGCUGCGUAAGAAGGUCCUGGAAGACAAGGAGCUGUCUUUGGUUCCUGAUGCAGCCACUUUUGAUAGGGCCAGGAUGGAAGAUCUCUUGAAGCGCAGAUUCUUCUACGACCAGUCUUUUGCCAUCUAUGGAGGAAUAACUGGACAGUAUGACUUUGGUCCCAUGGGUUGUGCCUUCAAAGCAAAUCUCCUCAGCGCGUGGAGAAACUUUUUCGUUCUGGAGGAACAGAUGUUAGAAGUAGAUUGCUCCAUCCUAACUCCAGAAUCUGUUCUCAAAGCCUCUGGCCAUGUGGAGAGAUUUGCAGACUUGAUGGUCAAAGAUGUGAAGAAUGGAGAAUGCUUUAGACUGGAUCACUUGAUAAAGGCACAUCUGGAGAAGGUCUGCGCAGAUAAGAAGACAACAGAGGAGACCAAGAAGGAGUGCAAGGACAUAGUAAUCAGACUUGAUGGCAUGACCAAGGAAGAGAUGGGAGCUGUACUUAAGAAGUUCAACAUGAAAUCUCCCAUCACGCAAAAUGAUUUGACUGAACCCAUUGAAUUCAAUCUGAUGUUUGGUACACAAAUUGGGCCAACCGGUCUGAUCAAGGGAUUCUUGAGACCAGAGACUGCUCAGGGCAUCUUUGUCAAUUUUAAACGUCUGCUUGAAUUCAAUCAAGAAAAAUUGCCAUUUGCUGCUGCUCAGAUUGGAAACUCUUUCAGAAACGAAAUUUCCCCAAGAUCUGGACUGAUCAGAGUGAGAGAAUUCACCAUGGCAGAAAUUGAACAUUUCUGUGAUCCUUCUGACAAGAGUCAUCACAAAUUCGACUCUGUCAAAGACACCAACAUGCUUCUCUAUUCUGCCUGCAAUCAGAUGGAUGGCAAAAGUGCUGAAUAUUUGACUAUAGGCAAGGCUGUUGAAAGUGGCCUUGUAGCCAAUGAAACCCUUGGUUACUUCAUGGCUAGAAUUCAAAAGUUCCUUGUAAAAGUAGGUGUGGACCCUAAGAAACUGAGGUUCAGGCAGCAUAUGGGAAAUGAAAUGGCCCAUUAUGCAUGUGACUGCUGGGAUGCAGAGUUGCUGACUUCUUAUGGUUGGGUUGAGUGUGUUGGAUGUGCUGACAGGUCAGCUUACGAUUUGACACAGCACACAAAAGCCACAGGAGUAAAAUUGGUCGCUGAAAAGAAACUUCCCCAGCCCAAGACCAUUGAUGUUUGCGAGGCUGCGCCAAAUCGCGGCCUCAUUGGCAAAACUUUCCGCAAAGAAGCGAAAGUAAUUUUAGAUGCACUGGCUGCACUGGAAGAGAAAGACAUCGACGCUCUAGAAAAGGAUCUCAAUGAGAAGGGAGAGUACGAAUUGCAAACGUCCGACGCUCCGUACAAAAUUACUAAAGACAUGAUCACCAUUAAACGGUAUCAGAAAACCGUUCACGUCGAGGAAUUCGUUCCCUCGGUUAUCGAACCGUCCUUCGGUAUCGGUCGUAUCAUGUACUCCGUAUUCGAGCACAAUUUCAAGAUGAGGGAUGGCGAUGAACAGAGGAGAUACUUCAGCUUGCCACCCGUUGUCGCGCCUUUGAAAUGCUCCGUUUUGCCGCUCAGUUCCAACGCUGAAUUCACUCCAUUUGUCAAGAAAUUAUCUCAAGAACUCACGAGGGUAGACGUAUCGCACAAAGUUGACGAUUCUUCGGGCAGUAUUGGUCGCCGGUACGCGAGAACAGACGAAAUUGCCAUACCGUUCGGUAUCACCAUCGACUUUGACACCCUGAAGGAACCCCAUAGUGCGACUUUGAGAGAAAGAGACAGCAUGGGACAAGUCAGAAUAAAUCUGGAAGUAUUGCCGGCUGUUGUAAGAGACUUGUCGCUGGGAAAAAUAACGUGGUCGGAUGUCGAGGCAAAGUAUCCAAAGUUCGAACAGCAAGAGUCCACCGAGGCUUAGUAAAUUAUUAUAUAAUUAUGAUGGUAAUUAAUCUGAAUGACUAUUUAGAACAUUGCAUAAGCAAUAUGCCAGAUCUAAAUACCAGACAGACUUAGUGCGAUGAUUACCUAAUGUCAUAAUGAAUAUUGUGCUUUAAUGAGAACAAUUGAAUUUUUAUAAGAUAUUUUUCAAGAUAUUUUGUACCUCAGCAGAACUGCGCAUUAAAAGGAGCAUUUAUUUCUUAACUAUUUAUCAUUCAUUUCGCUUGCAAAGCACGCGUCUACGCAUUUGAUAACUUAUGAUCGAAGUGUAAAGCCAUUUAAUUCCAUUGUCUUAGAUUAAAAAAAAUUAUCAAAUUUA